AUGAAUGAUGUAAAUGAGGUGGUCCGAGAUCUAGUGGUUGUCUUGGCAUAUAGGCCAAAUAGAGAAGGUACUGGGGAAUCAACUGUGUGGGCCCAACAUCGUUUCUACUUUAAUUCUAUAAAACGUAAGAUUGAUCUGCGCAAAGCAUUGGUCAAUGACUUGUGCAAACAAAUUCAAAAGUGGAGGGACGAGGGUUGCGAAGUUUUGCUGGGUGUCGAUGCUAACAAAGACCUUUUGGUUCACUCCCCGGACUCCAUACGGCAGCGGUUCCGUGAGCACGGAAUGGAGGAAGCGAUUUUGAAAUGGCACCCCCCCCCCACGGCAACCCACCAACAAAACCAAAGCAACGUUCCCAUUGACGGAAUCUUUACCACUUCAGGUGUUCCGGUUCUGGCUGGUGGCUACUACGCAUUUGGUGAAUUUGUUGAAGCAGACCACAGGGCACUAUGGAUCGAUAUCAACUUGAACACGGCUUUGGGCAAUUUCACACCCCAGGGGUCUACCUUUAAACCUCGAAAGCUCACUCUUUUGGAUAAGCGGUCAGUUACACGCUAUCUUCAACUGGUCCACCUGGGCUACAAGGAGUAUGACAUCCCUUCCCAUCCUACCAAGCUAAUCCAGCACAUUGAAUCCAAUGAGCGACAGAUGUCACUCCCGCUGGCACGCAAAUAUAACUGCCUUCACCGGCAGAUGUAUAUGGCACGGCGGCUUGCUGAAGACAAUUGUCGCACUACCUCAUCUGGCAAGGUCCCUUGGUCUCCAAAAUUGCAGGGGGCUUCUGAGAUCAAUUGA